AAGCAUUUGAUACUGACGAUGAUAAUGAACAAUCACCGAGAAUUUCAGAGAUGAAAGUAGAAGCGCGAACGACAUCCAACGUUAUUACACCGAAAAUCCUGAUUACAUGAUGGAGUCGUAUUAUUGCUGGUCAUGCUGUUCGUGGGGUGUACACUGCAACUACUGUACAAUGAUGAGACAUGAUCAUCCUUCGGAGAUGUUGGUUAGGUGCUGUCAGAUAGUACACGAACCGUCGCAUGCCAGCAGUGCUUCAUAUCCGCACCCAAUAGUGACCAUCUUCAGGAUCAUUUUCGCACUCCCAAGACUUGGUGCGGGUUCAAGUUCAAGUUACCCUUUCAUUGGCAUGGGCCAAUUAAAAAGCCAUUCACAACUUGGAUGGGUGACCGUGACUUACAAUGAAUCCUUUCCAAUCAUUCUUUGCGUUCAUGCCACAGACCAUGCUACAAUUACCUGACCUGCACAUUCCUGACAACGCACAGCUUGUCCUCAGUGUUGGGGCUUGUCUUAUUGUAGUAGGAGUAAUUGUUCGGGCUCACCGUCAUAAACCAGAGAGCAGCUUUCCUCUCCCACCUUCCCCUCCCACUUGGAGACUUGGGGGGCACUUCUUGCCGCGUCGCCAUUCGUCCCUCACCAUAGCGGAAUGGAUCGACGAGUACGGUCCUCUGAUAACCAUUCGGUCAAAACUUGAGAGGAUCAUUAUCAUCGGCCGUUACAAAGCCGCCGUGGAUAUUAUGGAGAAUCAGGGCAAAUUGACAGCUGACCGUCCUCGCAUGAUUGCAGCUGGAGAAAUGUUUGGCGGCGGGAUGGGCAUAGGAUUUGCACACUGGGGGGACAGGUUCCGUCGUAUGCGUAGAGCACUUCACACGCAUCUCCAGCCUAAAGCGGCCGCGGCAUAUCAGCCCCUGCAGAUGUCACACGUGAAGGAUACAGUCCUUGGCAUUCUCGAUGAUCCACACGGCGACUUCCAGAAGCAUGUGAUAACUUAUGCUGCGACGACAAUCAUGAAAAUUGCUUAUGGGAAAACUACGUCCACAUCUGCGACUGAUUCUUCAGUCCUUGAAAUUCGACAUUUCGUCAAGACAAUUAGUGCGGUCGUGCGUCCUGGUGCUUACCUAGUCGACUCAAUUCCGUGGCUCAAGCACCUUCCUUGGUAUGGGCGAGACUUAAGACGGGGGUUUGAGAGGACCAAGAAACUCAACCUUGGUCAGCUAAACCGCGUGAGGGAGCAAAUGCAGAACGACGUGGACAUCGGCCCUUCGUUCAUGAGAUAUAUCCUAGAAAAUCGCCAUCUCUAUGGUUUGUCAGACACUGAGAUGGCGUUUCUCGGUGGUUCUUUUUUUGCAGCUGGAUCCGAGACGACCUCUACGGCAAUCUGCACGGUACUCAUGGCAGCUGCAUGUUUCCCUGGAGAGCAAGCUCAAGUUCAGGCCGAGCUCGAUGCGGUCAUUGGAAGGCACCGAGCGCCCACCUUCGCCGACCAACAAUCUCUUCCUCGUUUACAAGCAUUCAUCUCUGAGUCUUUGAGAUGGAGACCGCCCUUGCCUACCGGUGCGCUGGCUCACCGAACAACUCAGGACAUAAUUUGGGAAAACUAUUGUAUUCCAGCCGGGACCUCGAUAUUUGGCAAUCAUUGGGCCAUCUCUCGAGAUCCAGACGCCUACCCGGAGCCCGACGCGUUCAAGCCUCAGCGCUGGAUUGACGAGCAAGGUCGCCUGCGAGAUGAUUUAACAUUCUUUCCCUACGGCUUUGGUCGGCGCGUAUGCCCCGGUCAACAUGUCGCGCAAAGAUCGGUAUUCAUCAACUCGCUCCUUAUUUUUUGGGCUUUCCAGCUUACGUUGGAUCCUACGAAACCAUUGGAUGACAUGGGGCUGAUGAUCGGAGAGAAAUCAGACAAUCCGUGUACCAUCAAGUUUGAGACGAGGAUUCCGGUAACGGAGCUCAGGCUCAUGAUGCACAAUUAUCCCGACGAGAAUGCACUUCGAACCAGUUCAGAAUGA